CUCCUUGCCACUGUUCGCCACGGGCAACAAAGAAAAAGAAGUUGGGGGGGGGUGAUUCUUUGGUUUUCAAGAGUGAAAUUGAAACGUAAAAAGAAGACGAAGAAAAAUAUCAAACUUGUCAGGCGAGCUUGCGGAAUGGAAAACUUUCUCUCUAUCCUAGAUGAUUACCCAGAAGUGUCGCAUCUAAGCCCAACAUUCUCUUGGGCCACGUCUCCAGUCGUCGACCAAUCGAUUGACCCCGACAUUACACCAGCAGAUAACAUCGAAGACAAUCAAGUACCUGUCACCCCAUACACGGAGACACAGAAAGAUGCUUCCAGGUUGCUGCCUGUAAAGACCUGUCUGGCAUGUCGACGCAAACACCUGAAAUGUAGUGGAUCGAAUCCGUGUGCUCGAUGCAUCACUUCUCAAGUAGAAUGCGUUUUCAUUCCAUCGCAGCGAGGAUACAACCGUCUUCGACGAGCCACGAUUAAAGGCAAGGAAAGGUUGCCACUGGUAGGCACAUCACGGCUGCAGUAUCAGCCUCCGUCGCCAGGACCUUCAGUGGAUGCAGCUCGCGGCAAUGCACCAAACCACAAUCAAGCCUCUGAUAACAGAGCCGAAUCACAUUCAUUGUCGGCCGGUUCCCGGCUGAAAAGGCUAUCCGCAUACGCUACGAGUACGCUUUACAACCAGACUUCGUCGCCGCAGUUGACAAUUAUGAAUGAUUCGGACCGACCUUUGACUUCAUUUUAUUACCAUGCAUUUGCAUCCAACCCGUUUGUCCUUCCACGCUGCCAUCUCUCUCAAAUUGACGAUGCGAAGAGCUUGCAUAUCCUGGUUGCGGCUAUGAGGUGGGUGGGCUCUCUGUACAUCAACGCCACGGUCCAAACCGAUUUGUACAACGCCGCACAUUCCUCUAUAUAUGAUGACCAGGCGCCGCGUAAUGGUUUUCUUGUUCAGGCCAUGAUGCUGCUAUUGGUGGCUCUAGACGGCAGUUGCCAGCGGCGCGAAAGCCUCAGAAUAUUGAGUGAUGCGGAGCUGCUUGCACUAGAAAUUGGUUUAAACAAACGCAACUUCGCGGCCCUUCACGGGCGAGACUCUCCUGUCCUUGAAGAGUCUUGGCGACGAACAUGGUGGUACCUCUACAUUAUGGAUGGCAUGAUUGCAGGCAUACAUCGCGAAUCCAGCUUUGCACUAUUCGACGUCUCGGCUGAUGUGUUGCUUCCUUGUGAGGAACAUCAAUAUCUCUCGGGGGAAAUUCCAAAGCCGCUGUCUCUCCCGGAUCUCCAGGAUAGAAACUUCCACGAAGACGAACACCAAUUCUCGUCUUUUGCUCAACUAAUCAUAUGUGGUCAAAAUCUCGGUAAAUUCUUGCGAUUACCACCUAUAUGUAACCCUGAAGACCCUAAUGUCAAAGAACUGGAAUUGCUUCUUACGAGUUGGAGGUUGCAUCUACCUCACUUCAAACGCCACAUGUUACAGCAAGACAGUGAGCCGGACGAGAUGAUGUUUCAGGCAUAUAUGAUAACAUAUGCCAUCCUCAUACUCCUAUACCAGCCAUAUUGUCGAUUCGAUAUCAAAUCAGCCCAGGCAAUCGAUACCUGCGCGCCGGUUCAAACCACCUUAGGCAACGACUACGUCGAUUAUUACACGACAGAGACCGUUUCAUCGGCCACCGCCAUCAGUGCCAUGAUUACACAAAAGUCACUGCUCUCGCACACACAUUUCUUUACAUGUGCCCUCACACUGUCGUCUAUUGUUCACCUCAGCCACUGGGCACUGCUGUCGCCAGAUGCUCGUGAUUCUGCGUCGCGAGAAAGCAUUCGCUUGAACUUGGGCGCUUUAAAACUCCGCGCCAGGGUUUGGCCUGCUGCUGCCAAAGCGCAAGCACAGGUCGCUGCCGAAAAGUACAUCGGAGAUGUACCACGGAAAACCGUCUCUCCCGAAGAGCCAUCAGGGCAGGAGUGA